UCUUGUCUGAAUGUCUUAGCCCCAUGUUUUACAUAGUUGUUAUCAACGAGGAAGUGGCGAAAAGCUACAACAAAAGAUAUUUGUUUUCUUUCCACUUAAUCUGGAGAAGCCGAGUUUUGAUUUCCGUAUGUUUGUAAAUAUAAACAGGAGUACUCAUAGGGAAGUGUGAGACACCCGAGUGCCAGCUGUUGGACGGAAGGAUGAAUGACGUAACCUUUAAUCAAGGAAGGGUCAAGGACGACUUUGCAUCUGCACGACCAUGCUGUAUACUUUCAGCGUUUUAGUUGCCAUAGCAACGUUGUUUGAUUUGACAGCAGGAGACCCCACACAACCGGAGAACAUGACCUGCGUCCUGUAUGCCAGGAGGCUUCUCACCUGUAACUACGACCUCCGUGACGGCAUUGACAGCAGCAACACGACAUGCACCACGUGUUCACAGUUCAGUAAAAAUGACACAUGUCCGGAUGUCGUUACUGGGAAGAGAUGCAACACCGCUGUUGGGAGAUGUGAAUACAACUGUGAUGACCUGAAGUUUUGUGACAACUUUCAUAAGAUGAAGAUCACCAUGAAAGGGGGAAAGGAUGCUUGGACAGAGUCAAUGUGCAGACAAAUAAAAACUACAGAUUAUAUACAACCCGGGCCAGUCAGAGCUCUGCGGGUGACAGCCAUCAACAGUACAGCGUUACGGGUGUCGUGGAAGAAACCUGACGACAGACAUCCCUACUUCGAAACCUAUAAAUACUCUGUGUUGUACUUGAAUCAUGUCAAGAAAGUUAAGACCAAGGAUGAAGAUGUUGAAGUGGUUCUAACUGACCUGCAGCCCUGGACAAACUACACCGUGACAGUCAGGUCACGACCUCACAGAAAGGGCUUCCGCGGCCCUCCACAGAAUGCAACAAAUGCAACACUCGAAGACGUUCCAGCUUCAGGCCCAGUGAUACCAGAGAGUGCAUAUAGCAGAGUGGCACCGGGAGUGCUGGAGGUCUACUGGAGUUCUGUUCCACGGGAUGCUAGCAGAGGGGUGAUUGUCAACUACUCCGUCCAGGCCACCUGUUGUCUGUCACAGCCACUGUACACCACUGACCACUCGACCACCGUCAACAUCACCGGACAUAGCAACCUGACUGUACUUGUGAACGCCGCCACUCGAAAUGGCUGGUCUGCUCAUCCGUCUCAACUCCAUGUAAACAGACGUGAUUUGGACGUACAGUAUGUUGACACUGUACACAAGGUUAACCACAGACUCGAGUGGGCUUACAUCGCUGGAAGAAGAAACCUGAACAACGUCUUUGUCUCGUGGUGUUUCGGGUAUCAAAAUGACAGCUUUCCACAGCUUGUGAAAUGCAUGAACGCCAUACAGAAGAAACUUGUCCAAGGAGGGCGUCGUUCUAUUGCAAUAAAAAACCUUGACCCUCUGAGAGUAUCGUGUAGUCGGUGUGAAUGGCAGUACGCCGUCUCUCACUACGUCGACAGCGUCAGGUCCAAACUGGUGUGGAAUACUCCAACAAAAUUAACAGUCGUCCACGAGAAUAUGCCAAUGCUAGCUGUGCUCAUCGUCUUGAUCGUCAUUGUUGCUGUCAUAUUUAUUGCUGGGCUUGCCAUCGUUGUAAGACUGUACAACAGGAACUCUCUUUGUAAGCGGUUUACGAUUACCAUGCCUAGGUUGGUGCAGUUUACAGUUGACGAUGAGGUUUCAAUAUCUGUGGAGCAGCGCCUACAGCCAGAUGAAGCGGGCCUGUUGUUAAACAACCCGGGCGACACUAACACAGACAACAACAAAGCCCACAGAGGAGACACAGGCAAAUUCAUCACCCCCGAUAGCAUCCCCCAUGUUCUCCAACUUAGCAAUCACCCCAGACAGGACUGUUCAGAUGUGUUUGGAAAUAUCGAGAUGGACGUUUCACUUCCGGGACUCCAGGUCCUUCCGGAAGAACUAUCUUCUGCCCCAGAAGCACCCUGGCUGCAGGAUGGUUCCCAUGGUGAUGAGCACACUGAGACAUGGUCAUGUUCUUCAGACAGUGGUAUGUCCACCUACAGACAGGUCACUCUGGACAGCGCCAAGCCCGAGACACAGGAACACUACUCACGGAUUGUGUUCAUUGAUACCAAGGACGAAUGUCACCAGGAUGCCUUCGGUACAGGUACCCAAUCAAACAGGACAAGGGAAAUAAUCUCACUAUUACCGACAUACACAGAAUCCCCAUCUCAAGUCAAUACACAUUCAGAGUUAACACAGGCACAAGCAGGACACGCAGAUCCGCCUCCGUGUGUACAGCUGCCCCCCUGAUGCCAUCCCGCCCUCAAAAAAAAGGAAAGAAAGAAGUUGUACCCUCAUCUGACUUACCCUCUGCGAAUCAAUUGGUAAAGCAUACGGUCCCAUGAACGCAGGCACCAUUCUGACAAUGAGAUGUAAAUCAAAAUAAUGCAUUUUGUGUUAAGUGUAACGGCGGGUUUGCUUCUGUGUGAAGCUCAUUUCUGUGUCCCUCGCCGUGAUGUUGCUGGAAUAUUGCUAAAAGCGGCGUAUUACUCACACACUCAUUCCUGAUUCAUGUCGUGGUGGUUAAAGGUUGAGUCGACUCUUGUGCAGUUGCGAACCUGGGAGGGGAAGCAGCGGAGGCGAUGCCAGUCUCUCUAUGCCGCAGCAGUGUGCCGGACACCUCUCUGUAACGCUCAGUAACGUUUCUUCCCGGACAGAGUGCAUUUGUGAUCAGUGGGUUCAUUCGAGACGAUCCUCUGUUUUUUUCUCUGUCAACCUUUUCUUGUUGAACUCCAAUGACCACUUAAAUUUCAUCUGUUAUCGCUCCUGUGAUCGUAAAAGAGAAACGAGUGAUCUCCACUCAACCGUGAAGAUUGUUUAAUACCUAGUCACUACCACAUUGCAUUUAAAGCGUUUUGUUUUUUAAACAUUGUUGCGUUUAUUAUUAAAAUAUUUUGCAAAGAUAAACACUAUU